CCCAGGAUGAGGGGAGGUCUUGGGCUGGCGUUACUCUUGCUGCUGUCUGCAGCUGGAGAGUCCAACAGCGUUUCUCCACCAGGGAAACCAGUCCUGCUGGGCUGCAGGUCUCCUGAGAAGGAGACGUUUAGCUGCUGGUGGGAGCCAGGCUCCGGGGGAGGGCUGCCCACCGCACACCGUCUGUAUUACGAGAGAGAAAGGUUGGAGGGAACGUACGAGUGUCCGGAUUAUCAGUCGGCAGGAAGGAACUCCUGUUUCUUUGAUAAGGAACACACCUCCAUCUGGGUGGACUACUACCUGAUGGUGAUGGCCUCCAAUGCGCUCGGGAAUGCCACUUCGGAGCCUUUUAAGAUGGAUGUGAUGGAAAUUGUGAAGCCCGAUGCUCUUGAAAAUGUGACGCUGAUGGUGGAGGAGAGAGAGGACAGUCCAUAUCUUCACGUCAGGUGGGAGCCUCCCUCUAACGCGGACACCAAGUCCGGCUGGGUCACCGUUAAAUAUGAACUACGAGUCCGACAAGACGGUGGCAACAAGUGGACAGAGUACACGUCAGGUACACAAACCCAUUUCAGCCUGUACAGCAUCAGUCCCGGGGUUGUGUACACGGUGCAGGUGCGCUGCAGACUAGACCACGGCUCCUGGAGUGAGUGGAGCAACUCCACCUGUGUGAAAAUCCCUCACUAUAAUCAGAACGAGAGACCAUUUUGGCUCCUGGUUUCAAUCCUCUCUACAAUUCCAUUAAUAGCAGCAGCGUGCAUCUUGGUAACAAAGAGGAAAUCCAUGAAGAAGUUUGUCCUGCCACCUGUUCCUGGUCCCAAGAUAAGAGAUGUAGACGCUCAGCUUCUCAAGAGUGGGGGAUCUGAAGACGGCGACAAUGCCCUGAUGGUCAACCAAAGCUGUCCUCCUAUCGUGACCUGGAAGGACCAAAUGGAGGAGUACCUAAUUGUGACUGAAAAUGACGACGGGCUUCCCUCCAAUGCUCAAAAAAGGAAGAAAAGCUUCAUUAUUCCCGUCGGCUUCAACUUAGACUUGGAACGAUUCCAUUGUGAUGAGACAAAAACAUGCCAAAACGAGUGGGAAAAGAAAUAUCACGAAAUGGAUCGCUUUGAAGUCGAUAGCAGCAUCAAACCCUUCACGAACGGCGGCUAUGUGGAUAUUCAGAGACCUGUGGACCACACGCAGGGGGUGGAGGUGAAGCCGGUGGACUACAGCAGAGUGAAAGAGGUGAACGGCGACAACAUUCUCCUCCACAAGAACGAAAACGUCUUGUUUGAGAGCGGCGGCUACAUCCAUGUUCAGAUACGAGAGAACAUGCCAGAGGAAUACAGCAGGGUGAAGAAGGUGGACAGUGACAACACGGUCAUCCUGCAGUCACAACAUGCGUCAGGUGACACCUCCAGUAGAGAGAAGGGAAACCACUACACAGACCCGCAGAAGGCAAGAAAACCCAAUAUGUGCACAGAACUCAUCGAAGGCGGAUAUGUAGAUACCAUCAAUGCAUCAUCAAAUAUAAAAUGAAUUGCGAUGGCAUUCAGUCCAGACAUUCGUGUUCUCUGUAAUCUGCAACGUGGCUGUUAUGCGGUGGCGGGAGUUCUAGAUGGUUUUUAAUUGAAUUGUAAAAAUUGGCUACGUACGUGGGUAUGGAAAUUAUUCAGACCCCUUUAAAUGUUUCACUCUUUGUUUCAUUGCAGCUAUUUGCUAAAAUCAAAAAAAAUCAUUUUAUUUCUCAUUAAUGUUCACUCAGCACCCCAUCUUGACAGAAAAAAACAGAAAAGGAGAAAUUUUUGCAAAUCUAUUAAAAAAGAAAAACUGAAAUAUCACAUGGUCAUAAGUAUUCAGACAUUUGGUUUAUGACCAAAUACCUGUAAAGAUAAUGAUAUUCCCAUCAGCCUUAGCUGUAUGUUUUUUGUUUAGCACCAACUUGUAAAUGUUAUUAUGCUUAAAGGCUCAACUUAUGACAUCCUGAUUUUCACUCUGUUGGUUAAUUUAUUUAGAUUUAAAAUGCCAUAUUCUAACAUCUGGUAAUAAUUUAAGAUUGUGCUUUCACACAGAAGAUUUCUCUUGAAGAAAAUAAACAGAUGAAUAUGAUGGUAGUCCAAUCAACUAAAUUGUUUACUAAUUCUGUAAGAUACUUAUAAUUGUAACAGCUUUUUAAAAGAAUGAUUUUUCCUCAAACUCAUCUGACAUAUUCAUUAAAAAAGAGUGAUCAUUAGUAAAGUAUGAGUAAAAAAAUUCAAACAUGUUGACACAGUGAGUUUUAUUGAAAUUUUUAUAGCAGACGGCAUUUUUAAAUGUUUGUACAUUGCACAUUUUAAGCACCGUGUCUGGUGUUGAAUGGCACAAAACUGAAGUUUAUUAACCAAUGGAUUAUUUACGCUUUAAACAUGCAUUUCUGGUUUAUAGUUUAAAAAAAAUCUCAUGGAAGAAGUUUCUUUGUUUCUCUCAACUAAAUAAACAAAAUGUAACUUUC